AUGAACCCUUACAAAGGAUCCGAUUUCCAGGACGGGCCCAAGUCCCGUUCUCGCACCAGCAGCAUCUCCAGUGACUCGCAACUCUCCCGAGUCAACCUCAUGUCUCCCCCCUCGGUACGACCACCGCCUGGUUAUAUUUCAUCGGCGGCCGCUUCCGAGAUCAUCACUACUGACCAGGAGUUCAACGCCGCCGAUUUCGUCGCCGACGACGAAGAGCCCGGCUCGGGCGCCAAUGCGCUGGUUACUCCCGCUGCCCUCUCUCUCCUGAACAAUUUCCUCGAUAACUUACUGUUCAAUAUUCUUGCCGCCUCUAAGUCUACACAGUUGACGGCGAUCCGACCAUGUCUGGCCGACGUAUUGAAGCCGCGACUCGCGGGAGAAGUGGUGGCUACUGCAGAUGAGGAGUUGAGUGAAUAUAUGGGCGGAGCCGAGGAUGAGCAGACCGAGUUUCGCGGCGGCCAGCAGCCGGGCGGCGACUUCGACUUGGUGCGCUCCUGGAAAUUGACCCGCCUCCGAUGUAUGGUCUACACUCGCUUGGGCAAUAUGGAAGAGGAGGAUGAAGACGAAUUCAUUGCCCAGGAGGGCCUCCGCGAGAGCGAUGGUGCGCCUCGCCGUUUCUCCAGCCAUGUCGACAAUAUCACCCCCGCAGCCGCCAUCUUCUUGACCUCGAUCAUUGAGCACAUUGGCGAGCAGGCCCUGAUCAUUGCGGGGGAGACUGCGCGCUCCCGACUGUCAGCGAAGCUCAACGACGGCGCGAGUGCUGAAACCGAUAUGGAAGAAGAGCACAAGACGAUCGACCAGUUAAUAGUGGAGGAUCUUGAUAUGGAGAAAUUGGCCUUGAAUGCGACCCUCGGCCGAUUGUGGCGCACAUGGAGAAAGCGCAGACGCGGCACCACUGUCUCCCGAUCUCUGUCUCGCGCAGGGUCUCGUGACUCCUUCCGCCGUCGCACUUACUCCUUAGCCAACAGCCGCAAGAGCAGUAUUGUGACCAUUGAGGAGCCCGUGACUCCCAAGGAGCAUCUUCCCGAAGAGAUCCCUGCGCCUGUGAAUCCCGCAGAUGUGCCUUUGCCAAUUGGCGACUAUGACGUGCAGGAGAUCGAAGUGCCGGGAUACUCGCAUGAUUUGGAUGGCGAGGUGCAGACCAUGGAGGCCGUGGUGGCCCACAAGGUGCGACCGCGGAGUUUGAUGGUUUUCCCUUCGCCUUCGCUCGCGCCCAGGUCCCCGGGGUCGAAAAACCAGUCUCCCGUCAGUGCUUCGGCCAUUGAGAAUCCGAAGUCGCUCCGCCAUUCUCGCUCCAGGUCAUUGCCAAAUGCGGCGGGCGGCGCACGCGAGGUGCAGGAAUCUGCAGAGGGCGAGCAGCCAUCCCCUACUUCCAGCGAAAAGGCCGGGAUACUCGACACCAUGUACGAAGACGAUGAGUCGGCCGAAUUCGUGGAUGCAGCGGAAUCUGCGCUUGGGCUCGCUAUUACCACACCGAGCGAAGAGCUGGUGUUGGUGGACGAGUCCGCCGAGAAGGACAGAAUGUCGAUCUUGCAUGAAGAGGAAGAGGAAGCAGCUCCUCCAGUCAACGAAAUGGUCGCAUCCUUGCGGUCGGUGACCCCCGACGAGGUGAUCAAUCAAGUCAACAGCUCGCGAGCGUCGAUCUCAUCCCCGAAUGAGCGAACGGCCAAGGAACCGGAGGUUAUUGAGGGACAAGGGAUGUGCGAGAAACCCCGACCAGCGUCGACGAUACAACGACCGCGACGGCACUCUAGUAGGGAUGCCGUACAGCCUAAUGCAAAGGCGAUCGAUGCAGAGACUAGCUAUGUUGAGAAACAACCCGCCGUCGAGUCGCCGCCACCGACGCAAGGGAUGGAAAUCGCACCAACACCGUCCGCAGCCACCGUCGAGGCUAUCGAAAUCCCUAACGACAAUGAAGAUGCUAUUGACGACGAUCAAGAUAAGUCGGUCAUGUCUUUUACCCCUGCGACUGAGCCCUCAAUCGAAAAUGUCGUGCCCGAGACCACCAAUGAGCCCUCAUAUUCUCCUGAACAUCCUCGACCUUCGUCAACCUCCGGAAGUAGCGAGUAUUCAUCGAGAUCCCGCAAAGCCAGACCUACUCCGUUGAUCGUCGCAGUCAGCUCCCGUAGCCCUACAGGAUCUGAGCGAGCAGCCGUUCAGCGAAUGCCUACACGUCCAUCUACAUCCGUUCAGUUGGCCCAACCUAAGCCGCGUCGAUCAGAGAGCUUCAGCAGUUCGAAGGAAAAGCGACCAGUGACCGCUGGCUCGACCACAUCCGGAGUCUCGACCAAACUCAAGGGCAUCAUGGGCCGCCAACCUGGUGACUCCCCUUCGCUCCGUCUACGCAGCUCGUCUGAUACAAGCCGUGCAUCUGGCAGUGGCGAUUCUGUGGAGAAUGAUACCUCGGCAGAUCUCGACAAGUUGAUCAACAGCGACGAGACUAUCCAUUACACGCUUACCCCGCGGAGUGUGAGGGAAAUGUCUUUCCCUGACGCGCCUCGGCCGAUUCCUCGGUCAGAUACUCAAGACACCCACGCUUUGGCUGAUUUCAUCAAGAACACCGGUCCACCGGUCGAUGAACCGCCGCAGCCACACAAGGCUCGGGCAUCUGUUUCCUCGAAGGCUACUGGAGAGUUGACGUCUCUGGGACGUAUUAGGUCGAAUCUCGACUCUCCCAGGACCAUUGCUCCUCCGAUUUCCCCAAUUUCCCCCAUGUCCCCCCGCGCAACUCCAUCUCCCAAGCCAUCCGUAGCUGGACAGGCCCGGGAUGCCCGUCCUUCGCCCAACUCAACUCAGGAGUUUGCCGAGUUCAUCAAGUCGACAGGCCCUGCCAGCCCCAGCGGAAGCACGUUCACCUCAAGCCCCCCUCCGAGUGUGAUCUACCAGCAAGGUACCAACUUCUCAGGGACCAAGACUUCUCGUCCAGGCUCGACUUUGUCAAGCAGCACAAAGAGUACAAGCCGUUCGAAUGGUUCUCGACCAAAGGAGCCAAGUGGGUCGCGAUCCAAGCCUGGCCCUGCCGAGUCCAAGCGUUCGGCCACGUCUGAGCUCAUCGACUUCAUUCGCGAAGGACCUCAGCAACCAGGAGCCCACCGUAUCCCGCGGACAGUUGCACCAUUCCGCAACACCGUUGACUCGGAUGACAUGCAAUUCGACUCUGCUCAGCAAAAGGGCAGCUCCGUCGCCGCUACCCAGGAUACGUCGACACGUAACAAGUCAUUGACAUCUCCGGGCUCGCGUACUGGACCGCUUGAUUCACCUCAGCGCGGACCCAGCCAGGUCAGGGCUAUACCGUCUGCAAGCAGCGCUAUUCCAGAUGAUGAUCCUCGUCCUAUUCGCAAGCAGAAUCGAGUUCGAGACCCUUACGCUAUCCCGGAUUCCGACGAUGAGGAGGACAACGAAUUGCUGGAAGAGCUCAUUAGCUCCAAGCCACCCCCUCGCCAAGAGGAAAGUUUGAUUGAUUUCCUGCGAAGCGAGCCGCCGCCUGAUUUCUCGCAACCUGCUCCUCAGCCUUUGAACAUCAGCACUCAAUCUCAACAACCGGGCUCGAAUGGCUUCGCGAGCAGUGCAUCAGACCUGAAGGCUCGCUUCCUCCGCGGAAACGCAGACAGGGGACCUUCAAACAAGAUGUCCCUGAGCUCACUGCGCUCGCAAAAUAACAACGGACAAUCCCCAUCCAACUACACAGCCAAGGUCGGCAUGGAGCGUAACCCCGGCAUCAUGCCAUCCACCUCCCACAAGCAAACAGAGACCGGCGCCCUAGCCGACUUCCUGCGCAACACCGGCCCUCCCGAGCCUCCACCCAACAUGAAUCCCAAGACGAAGGAGGGCUCAUUCUCGCGGUUCUUCACACGCCGCCGAAAGAUCGAGGCGUAA